AUGAAUGUCAACUCUAAAGAUUCACCAAUGAAAGAUGCUAAUGUCCUUGUUGACUUUCCAGACGAGAUAUGGCUCCAGAUCUUUAAGCAUUUAUCAACGUUUGACCUUUUCAAGUUCCAAUUGUUAAGCAAACGGCUCAGGAAUCUCAACAACCAAAUAUUAUGGCACUCGAUUUACGUUUACCAUCCCUACGUCUGCCGUGCUGGUAAUCCCUGGAAUAAACAUACAUGGAUGAGUAUGGGUUCAUUUUUACAUUUGUCAAGAUCUGGGAAACUUAAGCCCCGAUUUAUGAAAGAAUUGAUAUUUUAUGGCGAUAACUACAUGUGUCUUGAAUGGUACAAGGAGUUAACAAAGACCCUUCAUAAAUGUAAUAUAGCCUGUUUCCAAGUUGGUCAAUUCCAAACUCGAAAGAAUUAUUAUUGGACUAAAGUUGGCCACUUUUAUGUAUCCAAGAGACAAGGGAUUGAAGAUCAUCUUGAUUUUCAUUUAAUUAGGAGUCUACGAAUUGGCGAGGUAGAUCCGGAAUUUUACCAGACCGUGCUUCCGAGAUUCAUACUGUUGAAAUCGCUCCAUAUUGAUGAACCUGUGGCAUUUAAACUAACGAAAAGACUACGCUUGAACACUUUAUUUCUUGGGAGUUCAAGAGACGUGAAUAACAUUAUCGACAAUUUUUGUUGGCAGAAGUUGGAGUCAUUGCUGCUUCAAAAGGUGCCCCGAAACUGGCAUAAAUUGAGUCAGUCACUUUUUUCGAUAAAGGAGAUCGAACUUGACGGUACAAUAAAGCACUUGCCGCGUUACUCUCUCAGUGAGGUUCAUUACUUAAAUCGUAUCCCGGAGGACGACUUGAAGUUUUUACCAUAUCAUCCAGUUACUCAUUUAUCGGUCGAUCUGUAUACCGAUUAUGAUCAAACAUUCAAGCUAGCGGAAACGAUUGAAUCGUUAAGAACAUUGAGGGUUGCAAUGACAACACUCCGAAUUGUUCGUUCAACGGGUAUUACUCAAUUUGUAGAAACCGAAGCUAGAGAGUUUAUGUAA